AUGCGUAUUUAUGUUGACUCCUCAGAUAGUUUUCCUGGCUUGGGGGGAUAUCCUUCCUUAGACUAUUCGGAGCAGGAUAUAAUAUUUCCUGAUUUAUUUGCGCUUCUUUUCGAUGAUCCACCCUCAGAAGUGAACAGUCCAAGAGGUCCUCCAAAAUGUGCGAAUGGAAAAACUUUUUGCGAAAAUGUCGAGUCCUAUCCUUAUCGCCACUUGAAAGAAACGUUGAAGAAGAACCCCAUCUAUAAAGAUUUCUUUGGGAAAGAUGAAGCUCCCGUUGAAAUCGCGAAUAGGGUUGGAGGUGAUCAAUCAAGGUACUUUUGCGCUUCUAUUGUAUCAACGAUUUAUCCACAAAUUGGAAAGAAUAAAAAUAAUAAGUGGAAAUUUAUCAUAAAUCAGAAAGAAGAAGAUGGGUUGGUACAAGGCGUUCUGGUAGAGACUUGUAGAAAACCAGAUAAACCAUGUGACAUUCUUGUAGACCUUCCUGCGGGAUAUACUACAUCGUGCAAGCAGAAGUACAUUUACAGAAGAUUAUUAGCAUUAGAUGGAUCCGGCUCAGUGUAUCCGGAUAGUUUUCAAAUUCCAACGGCUUGUUGUUGUUCCUAUACUCGUAAUACAGAAUUUUUGGCAAGAUUUGGAGCUGCAGUUACUCCUGUUAGAAAAAAAGAUAUCUGAAAAGAAUCUACCUACUCACUGGAAGUAAUGAAUUAUCCCAAUUUUUUCGUUCACCAGGAGUUUUUUUUAAGCUCAUUGAAGAUAUAACUACCAUUUCAAGUAUUCUUCAUGAAACAAAAUAUACAAUUCCAUUGUUAUUAUAGUGGAAUCUCAAACUUAUAGUUUAGCAAUGUAAUAACUGCUUAUAUUCUCCUGAAUAUAUAAGGCACUGAAGAGACGGUAAUUUUUUGAAGAAUUGAAUAUGACUGAUAAUGAUAAAUGAAUGAAUAACAAUAAACUCACUCAUAGUCAUUCACAAAUAUCUUAGAAGCUAUUCAAUAUAUUCAUGAAAAUCAUCAA